CUUCGCUACAAAGCGCCAGAAAUAUGGCAUGGCUGCCUUAAAAAGUUGACCGUAUGGUGCUCGUUAUUACAUUAUGUAAGUCGCCCACGGCUUCAUAUCUAUGCCCAUUAUGAGUGUGCCCUUCACGGACGAGGAAAGGCAAGAGGCGUUAGAUUUCUUCAGGCGAUUUGUCGCUGAUGGAACUGACGCGUUUGGUGAAUGUGAGAACCUACCCAUCCGACUAAGUUCACUCUCUGUCACUGUGAACGAGUUAGAAGGAGAAUGCAUCGACUGGUGCUUGCAGUACCUCAGGAAAAGGUGAGCAUCAGUUCAAAACUCUUGCAAAUGCAAAAUGUAGCUGUUUUAGCGUGCGAAAGCAUUGUUGUACCUAUUUGCGUAUUCGGGUGCACUGCACAGUUCGUGUUUACACAGCUUACAGAAUCAAAGCGAAUAGAAUCAAUGUUGUUUUGUAAAGAAAUUGGAGCGAUCCCGGUGCUGAUCAGAAACAUUGUUUCAGUAGUAUACCUAUCUAGACUAUCACAAGGACUACUUGCUUUCUAUUAAGUUAUUUUACAAAUGAGUUAAUUUUAAAACUAAAGGUGUACGGUGUAAAGAAGGUGUAAGUAGAUCAUACCCCCUCCUUUGUAAGCGUAUGUAAUAAAUUUACUUAUAUGAUACAUUAAAGAUGGCAGUUAAGUCAGCCCUUUACUGUUUUAAAUGUAUUAAAGUACCUCAGAAAUGUUUUAAUGGGUCAGUCAAGGGAUGUGAUUUAGUGCAUGUACCGUGUGUCUGGAGUAACACUAUUAUUUUGGUCUUCGAAAAAAGUUCUUAAAAUCAUCAAUAUUGGCUUCUUAAUUAAUUCAUUCCUUUGAAUAACAGAAAGGUAUAUGAUAUUUUUCAAGGCGAUAGUUUGGCAGAUUAUAUUUUAUCCCUUUACAAAACUUUUGUAUCACUCCACGAUUGAGCACUUGACAAAGAAAUUAUUGUAGUGUUCGGGUGACAGACUUUAAUUAAUAAAGAUAAUAAAAAGUUGACAAAGAUAACAAAUUUAAAAAUACGUAUAAUCGUGAAUGGGGAAUGUGUGAGUGGCAUGUUAGGCCACACAUACGUGUAAUUUUGCAAAUACCUGAGCUGAUUAGAGUAUUGCCAUGUUGCUGUCACACAAUAUAGCCUCUGAGUAUCUGAUAUUAAGCCUAUCUUAGAAGACUUGAUAUGCAAGGAAUCUUCCAGCAUUGCGCCUAGUUUCUCACUAGAUUUCUUAUUUUGAAAUUGACUACUUUCAUAGACAACUUUUUAGAUUUCUUAUUUUGAAAUUGACUACUUUCAUUCAAGGGCUCGCCCAUGUGAAAUCAAGGGCAUCCAUAAUUCUAAGAGAUUGCAAUGGAAGAUUCAAGAUUGACAAUCAGAAAUAGAAAUUUUUUAUAAGGGUCAAAAUUUUGUAUUAUGUGGGAUCAUUUGCAAUGCAUCCAUCUCAUUAAUGUUCCAUGUGUACAAAUAUAAGACAAAAAAGGAAGAAUCGACAUAACUAUUAUAGGCGGCUCACAAAAUAGGAUAAUUUAAAAAAAACAAUUCUUUUUUAAAAACUUAAAGGUCUGCAAACUUAAUGUAUCCUAGUGGUCUGGAACUGAAACUCAACAGGUCCUGUUGGGGAGGGAAGUCUCUCCAACAAGAGAAACUUGGUCUCAAGUGUUAGUGGUAGUUUCAAUACAGAGAUUAAGAGUCAUGUUUACGCCAAUUGGCAAAUGUGAAUCUGACUGCGUGACCAAGUUUCCUCUUACCUAAUUGUCACUUACUGUUUUAUUAUUACCUCUACUAAAGAGUAAGUUGUUGCAUGCCAGUUUUAGGCAUAAGUAUUGUUCUGGACAGUUUUUAUCUGCUUAUUUUCUAUUCUGAGAAAUACUCAACUUGAAUCUGUGGUUUGCCAUUUGUCGUAUAUGUGAGUCUUAGAGAGAUUUUUGUAUGACCUUGAAAAAUAGUUUCUGUAAGUGUUCGUCAUUUGUUUUAUCAGCCAAUGGAUGAAAAGAUCAAAACAUGGACUCUUCGUUUUCCUGCAGAAGAAAACCCUAAUAUGGAGAAGGCAUUGUUUGAUUGGUCAAUCGUGUUGCAACAUGACGUCAAUGCAAAGUAUGGAUUGAUUUCUAGAACGUUCCCGGGCUUGAAGGUUUUCUCACCUGAGUGUUCACCUAACCAACCAAAAGCCACGCGUGUUUGUGUCCAUUCGAUAAACCAAUCAAAUCGCUCUAUUUCCAUUUAUUUGUUUCUGUCUUGUUUGAGUUUUUUCAUUUCAAGGUCAUACUAAAAUAUUAUUGCUCUAAAUCAAUCUCUUCUUAUUGCUUUACUUUAUACAUAGCCAAGCUCCAGAAGGCAUAACAGCACUUAUCGCUCAUGCUGCUGUAAGACAAAUCAUUGAAAGUGACCUGUCGGGUUACAGACAAGAUGAAUCUGAGGAUGCCUGUGAGUAGACCAAUACCAAGAGAUGAUGAUGGGACGUCAGAGAAGGAAAUGCCCAGUCCAGCCAUUGGGAUAUGUGAAUUUCACCAAAGUAUAAUUUUUUUUGACCAAUAAUAUUAAACAUUUGAGAUUAAUAAUGGAAGUUGGUUUCUGGAGAGGUCUGCAAAUGUUUAUUCAGUGUUGUUGAGAGAGUAUAAUAAUAAUUAUUGGACAUUAUGCUCUCUUGAUGUGUCGUCAUCACUUGAUAUUCUGAUCUGCAUUGUUUGCUUUGAGGCACUCGAGGUGGACUUAGUGACGUUUCAAACAAUCGAUUAAUUGAUUAAACCCAGGAAUUAGACUUCUUUUAAUUAGAGCCUCUACAACUAUUUUUUGUGAAAUUCACAUUUCCCAGCCAAUGCCCUAAGAUUCCCUCUCUGUGCCAUCAUUCUCUCUUGCCAAUACUUGAUCUGGGAUGACUGCAUUUAAAUCAAAUAGCACUGUUAGGGCUCUGUUGUAGCAGAGUGGCUAAAUCAAAUCAAGGCUAACUUGAGACAAUACUGGCUACUAAUCUCUUGUGUGUGAUUUUUGGAUACAUGAGAUGGCUUUUCAUGGGCCUUUAGGUUUUUUCUAGCUUUCAGGCUGAAGUCAGGCCACUACAUCACUUUGCCUUUAGUUACUGUGACUCGUUAGUGUGUUUUUACUCUCUACCCUUCCCCCUCUUUAUAAGUACAUACUUAAUAUGCUAGGUUCCACUGGUAAGGAGUGAAGAUAGCCUGGAAGGAUGCCAUAUAACAUUCACAGGGUUGUUAUUGUUAUACAUUGCACUCAGCUACAGUUCUCGUGCGGCUCCACUAGCCUUUCUUGGCUCCUCCUCUCACACUUAUAAUUAUUUAAUUAUGAGCUUAAUAAAAGUUUUACAAUGGUUUUAUUUUUAUGCUUUUUUUAACUUUGCUAUCGACUUCCUGUUUAAAUAUGUACUUAAAAAUUGUUUGCGCUUUUCUAGGUAUUUUCAUGUUUGUCAUCAAUCAUUAGAACUUUUUUAUUCUCUGGAAAUUGAAAUUUCAAUAAGACCCUUUGUAUUAUCAUUUUUUUGUGAUCCACAUAGAGAGAUGUAUUUUUAGAUUGGCAAAGUGGUAGUCUCUUGGACCUCUACAAGUUUUGAUAACUGAGGAUUUUUAUAUGUACAUCACAUCCUUGUCUCUUGGUACUGAUCAAGCAAGCAAUAUUUUAUUUUGAGGGAUGGGUGAAUGAACGUGAAAAAAUAGAUAACGUUCCUGUAGCAAAUCCUAAAAAGCACAAAAAAUAAAUUAACUUCCCAACUUUGAAUUCCUCAAAGAAAAGAAGUACAGUAUGAAAAUGUUAGUUAGCAUGCAAUCAUGUGGUGAAUUUUUGGUUUGUCAAACUACAUUAAGUCUGUGCUAAUAGGGUCACUAAUCAUGAAAAACAAAAUAAACACCAGGGCCAGGUUGUUCAGAGGAGGAUUAGUGAAAAUCCAGGGUUAGUUAUCUUGACACUACUCAUACGUUCUAUAUAAUUUACAGUUACUGCAGUAUUACCAGGGCUGUUUUGAAGCAGCUGUAGCGAAUGAAGAUUCACUCCUAACAUCUCACAAAAAUUUAUAGUGUUACCUUUAGUUUCCACUUUGAUCACCUGUAACAUCAAGUGAGCCCAGCCUUAACAGGUGUUACAGGUUACAGCCCUUAUGGCAGCUCUGAUUACCACUGACAGGAAAUUUUCUUAUAAUAAUAUUAAUGAUACAGCGAUUAACUUUUAGUCUUUCCUUCUGUGACAGUACUAAGCACUUCCAAAAUUGCCAAAGAUGUCAUGAACAAGGUCCUUGAAGUUUGCAAGCAGUGGAAUGAAGGAAAUCCAUCCUUUUGCAAGUCAAAGAUGAAAUAUGAAUCCUGUGUUCAUGCCAUCAAAAACACAAGGAGAAAAAUGGAAGAUAAACAUGUCAUUCUCCCUCAGUUUAAUAAUCUUUUUGGUUUUCAAGAGGUACUUCUACCUUUCAUAAAUUAAUGUAAAUUAAUACUAUACAGUACUACCCUAUUUUUUUCUUAUUUAUCUUUCCACAACUUUAUGAAAAACUCACUCUACCUAAUUAAGUCUUUAGCCUUUUAAAAACUGUCAGGGUAAAGGAGAUUGAAACAUUUGUCUCUGUGUAAAGCCAGUCAGAACAGUGAACUCAACAAGCUUACCCUUGGAAUCACCCACCUUGUCACUGUAUAAGAGCAAUGAUUAUUUUCUAUAAGUAGCCAGCUAUCCAAGGCAUAAUUUGUGAUUUUAAUCUCACUGAAAUCUAAAAGGUUUCUGGCAAAUUCCUUUAGUAUUUGGGGUUAAAGGAAAGACCAAUGAUAACCUUUACGACAUGAAAAAAGUAGUGAAGAAAUUUAGAUGGACAUCUAUUGCUGUUCCUGACAGUGUCCAACAUCAACACAUUUAUUUGACUAUGCUAGCCACACACAACAAAAGCUGAUUUCCAGGUGGGGCGUGGGCAUACACACAUUGCAAAAGAUAGAGGCAAUAUGGUGUUCACUAUUGGAAUGAAUCUAUCUUAGAGUGAGUUGACUGAGUGUAUGAAAUGCAUAUUAAGUUCUGCCAAGAUGACUAUGUCAACAUAAUAGCUGGUUACCCUCAUACUAGUGGGGCAAUCAAUGUUUCAGUGUGUUAAUUUUUGGUUUUAUUACCCUUACUUUGGUCCCCAUCUUAGCUUUGCCUGUAGUUCAUUUAUCCCUUCUUUUGUCAGGGUUGCUCAUGAUUUUAACAGAAACCUAACCUGUCAUCAUAUAAUAAAAAAUGAAAUGUGUUCUUUUUUCCAAAGGAUCACUCAAAUCAGGCCUUCUUUGCUGUUUAUGAUGGUCACAGUGGUGUUGAUGCUUCAAACUAUGCUGCAACUCACCUUCACUGUCACCUUGCAAGAAACAAAUGCCUUGAAAAGGAUCCAUUAUUGGCUUUAAAAGAGGCUUUUGAAAAGACGGACAAGUGCUUUGUAGCAAAAGCCAAAAGAGAGGUAAGGAGUAAUAUUAUUUAUUUUAUCUGAACAGUGUACAAAAAAAAUAGCCUGUAAAGCUGUAUUAUAGACAUGCUGCAUAUUUUCUUGCAAAAGCGAGGUUAAUAAAUCUGUUGGAUUUGCAUCAUAUGUGGCUCUUACAAGGAUCACUGGCAGAGUGCAAUCUUACUUUGGUAAUAUUUCUAUUGGUUUAGUAUCCGGAGUUGCCUAACAACAAUGUUACGACUAAGCUCCAAUUGACCACAUUCAGUCAGAUGUCUCGUCCAGGUUUUUUUUUUGGUUUCCGGGCAAUACUUCCAUUGAACUGGUUGAUGUCAAGGAGCAUUUGACGGUGUUGUUUUGACUGUUUUUGUGCCGUUUUGGUGAUUGUGAAAUCCUUUUGUUGAUUAAUUUUGACAGCAAUUAAGUAUUUUACAGAGAACAUUGAAGCAAUUUGGACUAUUAUAGCUUGAUAGGUGAUGGGAUGUGUUUGUUUUUCGCAAGAGUGUUUUAGUUCAGCUUUUUACCGUCAAAACCUUACUUAACCUAUACCACUGAUAUUAGGAUUUAUAAUACCUUGCUUUUCCCUGAAAUCUGUGCCUUUGAAUUUAUGUUACACCUAGGCAAACCCACAAUAAAUUGGUUCAUUCCCGGCCUAUCAAUGUGACCGAUGUUUCACUUCAGCUCCAUACAUCGAUUGGCCAUUAAGCCUGAGAGUGAAUUAACACGGAAAUAUUGCAAAAUGGCUUUGAAAUACUCAUUUAAGCUAGUUUUCCUCAAAUGUAUCUUUGAAUUCAUGAUAAUAGAGCUCCACAAGUGUCAAACAGCAUGUAUGGCAGAGAAAAGUGCUUUAAGUGUCAUAAUUUUACCGAUUUAUCAAUAUUCAGUGGCAUCUUGGCCCAGUUGUGUCGGAACUGUCUUCUUGUGCAGGAGGUAGUCAUGUUGUACUGGUUCCAAUCUCUGCAUAGAUAUUUUAGUUUUCAUUGUACAUUUUUUUGUCCGUUUAGUUUUAGAUUUCUUUAUCACAUUUUUCCCUUUUGCUUGUUUCCCUUUAUUCGCGAGGUUUUUGUGACAAUGUAUUUUUAGUAUGAACUACUUGAACUUUGCAUCUGAAGAUCAGGGUUUACAUGCAGUGAAGCUACACUGAUAGUAUGGCUUGCUAUCCCCAGAAACUUUGGUUCAUGCUAUUUCUCCCCGACUAGCUGUGUAACUGAUCACUGGCAGCAUCUCUUGCAAAAAUCUUUACAUGAUUUCUUCACAGCCCAAUAAAUGUAAUUAAAAGAUUUGAUGCCACCUUUGAGACUGGUCUUGUAAGCCUCUAUUUUGAUAGUCUAUUAAUGUUCCCAUUACUGAUCUUUUUUAGGGUCUUCGUAGUGGUUCCACCGGUGUUGCCGUCCUGAUUAAGGGUGAAACACUUUAUGUUGCUUGGUUGGGAGACUCACAGGUUGUGCUCAGCAAAGCAGGGCAGCCCACUCUGCUGAUGAGCCCUCACAAACCAGACAGAGAGGUAAGGUUUAAGAAACCCUAAUAGUGAACCAUACAUUAUUAUUUUGCUCCAGAUUAUAUUGAUCACUGCUCAGUCAUUUAUGGCAUAAAUUAAGGUUGGAGGAAAUGAAAACCGAGAUAGUAGUCAGUGUCUCCUAGUCAUAAUAGGGUCUGUAGACAUCGUGUUGCAAUGUGGGACAAGAAACGUACCAUUGCAUCUGGGAGGAAAGCAGGAGGCAAAAUGAGAAAAGACAGUACUGUAGGAGAGUGUUGUGAUGGAUCAUUAUCACACCCAUUAACAACACCUAUAGUCAGUUGUAAUGGUUAAAAGCAAACCAGCCCUGACUGACUGGGCAAAAUCAGCUGCAAGAACUGCAAUUUUGCUUCAUGCUAUCAUUUCUCUCCAACCAGCUGCAUAACUGAUCACCAGCAGCAUCCCUGCAAAAAUCUCUACGUGAUGUCUUCACAGCCCCUCCGGCCUACCAAAGCUUGUAAGAAGAAGAGACACUUUUUACUAGCUUUUGUUUUCAAUUGACUUCUGGUAAAUUAUCAUUUUUUUAACACCAGGAUGAAAGACAGAGAAUUGAGGCCCUUGGAGGAUGUGUUGUGUAUUUUGGUGCAUGGAGGGUGAAUGGAAGUCUCUCAGUAUCACGUGCAAUUGGUGAUGCUGAACACAAGCCUUACAUCAGUGGAGAGCCUGAUGUGGAGGAGUUCAAUCUGGAAGGUAAUGGUUAUUUUAAGAAUCAAUCAUGUUUUGAAACGUCUAAUACAUGAAUUUCAUCAUAACUGGAAAGUAAAAGGAAGACAAGAUAUUUGCCCCUGUUAUUACCAUCCAAAGGAGGAUUAUGCAGUCUUCCCGUGAUUCCCUGCGCAAUAGGUCGGAAUUUUUGCUGGUAACGUGGCCAUUUUGGAUGCAUCAUGAGCUUCGGAGAUGAACUUUUGACCUUUGAAAAGACCCUGUUUCUUUUGUUUCAUACCUUUUUAUUGGUUCGAAAUUGUCUUCCUGUACAGAUUUUCAAAGCUGUUAAAGUAAAUUUGUAUGCCUUAUGUACAUGAUAAAGAGACCUGGAUUUUAAUGAUGACGGUAUUGUCUUAGUUUAUCGUCACAGUCAAGCAGGUUCAAGGAACAGUGUUACUUUGUUACUUACAAUAGAGGUUCUGUUAAACUAUGAUUAUUUUUUAGGAGGGUAAGGGAUAUAGUGUUUUCAUCCCUGUCUGGGGAAUUGUAGAACUUUGCAUCAAAAAAGUGUUAUUAAUACUUGGCCUUUAAGACUUUGACUUAGGUGUUCCUCCCAUUAGAACAUGAUGGAACCUGUGAACAGAUGUUGUCAUAAUACAAUAUAAACUUGUUGUUUUUUACAACUAAGAGCAAUAUCUAAGAAGCUUAGAGAGUUUUCUGAGAAGUAUAUUGGCACCGUUGUCUUUCAUAAGCCAGUGCAAGUUGUUAACCAGAAAAGCAGGUCUGACAGGAGAAAGAUAGGGAGGGACACAGGCCCUUUGUGGGGCACUAGUUAAAAUAAUGAGGAAAAAAACAGGCUGGAAAGAAUCAAAAUUCAGUGUUUAUAAUGUUGGUUAAUUUUCUCUUGGAUAGGUGAUGAAGACUUUCUCAUAUUAGCGUGUGACGGUUUAUGGGAUGUUGUCAAGCCUGAUGAAGCUGUUGAAUUAGUAGUUCAGUACCUUGCAGAUGGAGGGGAUAGAUCAACUGUUGCUAAACUGCUUGUGGAUAGUGCUAAAAGUGGUGGCUCGAAUGACAACAUCUCAGUUGUUGUUGUCUUCUUGGAUGUCCAUAAGAGAUGUGUGGAAUCUGUUACAGACACCUUGUCUAGCAUAGCACUGACUGAAGUGGACCAAGAUCUUUCUUCUGGUGACAGAGCUGUGAACACAUCGGAAAAUGGUACCAAGGAGAACAGUAUCUUUGAAAAUAAAGGGAACAUUUCACCAGUACCAUCUCCCAAACUUUCACCAAAGUUUUCCAAAAAGACAGAGGAUGAAAAUACACCUGUAGUACACACUUCACCACAAACAACAACAUAGCAAGGCAGUGUCUCAUCACCAUGGUAACUUAGUAUAUGAAUGAUUUUACGCAAAACUUUAUAGUGAGGAGUGAUAAUUUCGAAUUGAAAUAAGCUCCAUUUUUGUGCAGAGGCUAUUAAUCAUGAAUGUAAGAAACUUAGUUCAUGUUAUUUAUUUGUUAAAAAAUACCAGAAAAUACGGAAAAUGACAGAAAUUGCUAUCCUUUAGUCAACCGCUAUGUGAAGCUAUCUUUUGCUCUUUUUUUAUAGUGACAUAUGGAAAGGUAUAUUUGUCAUGUACAGCUGUUUGGUUGGGUCCACACAAGAAACUUAAAAGUUUAUAAAAAGGCAACUGGCUACAGGUCCCACAACAUAUCAGUAAAUUUUUCUGUCAUUUUUGUUCCAGUCAUUUGAAGUAGGAAUAGUAAUCCCAUAAGCCUUGGUACAGGUUAUGUAAACCUUUUGUUAAAAAAGUGCAUUCAAAGCUAAGUUUUGUACAUGAUACAUGUAACAUGUGGACUGUGCUGACGUAGAGAUUAUUUCCAGUUCACUUUGUAUUUCAAUCCUCCAAAGCUUUACACUCUUCAUUACGUUUAACCGUAAAUCUCUCCAGAUAUUACUGGUUGAGUGAGAUUUUAAGUGAUAAAUAACAUUAGUGGUACUGGUGUUUCAAAGUUUUUACAAAUGUAUUUACUGACAAAUCAAAAUAUUUACUCAAUGGAAUACUUAUUUCAAGAUUCAGAUUUUUGUAAAAAAAUACCAUAGCACAUCUUAUACACAUUACAUCCAAAAAAUGUAACAGAAUCCCAUUAAUUAGUUUCCAGUGCAGCUUUUGCUUCUCCUCGAGAAGGAUUGCGUGAUGACCUAAAUAAUGGCUGCAUAGAAGCCAUUCAUUUGAAUUCAUACAUGUCCGCGAUUCUUGUUAUUUUCCAUUGUGCUUACUGUACAGAUGCUUGCGUAGCUAACUUAUUUUUUUAUGAUAGUCACUACUCACCACAUACGCGCACACAAACACCUUCCAGAUAUCCAAAACGUCCUUGUGCUCUAUGAGCCUUGAUAUCAUCAAGCGUUUAUAGAGCACAACAGUUUAUCUUUAUUGAUCAUAUUGUCUAUUCUCAUGACCAUAAAUUUUGAUCAGGUGUUGAAGUUAUAAGGAGAAAUAAGUUGCUUGUAACGUGUUGGUUUAAAGGGUUAAAAACUGUUCUAAAUUUAGUGAUGGAAUUUAGGAAUUUAGAAAGUAGUUGGUAUUGUUGGAAAUGCGGUUUAAUCAAAUAAAAAGAAAAGUAAGAAUAAGGAUUAUUCAUAUCUUGUAAUAUGCUUAAGUUAUACAGUCUUUAUAUCAUCAAAUCAUUUACACCAAAAAGGCUGAUUUGGCCGAACCAAGACACAAUUUACAUUCAUUAGAAACCCAGCUACAAAGACACAGCAUUGUUUUAAGUAAUCUUGAUGAAACUGAAAAGCUGUACUAUUUUUACAUUUGUGAUUGUAAACAUAAAAGUUAUUCAGCCGCUGUAAUGGUUGGUCAGUAUUCACUGGAGAAAUAGGUUGCUUUGUCCUCUCAUGUGGGUGGACUAGAGUACACUGUACCCUCUUAAUGGGGCAGGGCGGGGGGCAAAAGGUUUUUUUUGAACCCUGAUUUUCUGUUUUGGAGGAUCUUUUUUGUCUUCAAAGAAUAGAUCAAAUUCUUCAAUGUG